AUGGCGGAGCCCAGGUCACUGGAAGGACUGAGCGCGUUCAGGAGCCUGGAGGAGCUCAUCUUGGACAACAAUCUGCUCGGGGACAACCUCGUGUUGCCAGGGUUACCCAGGCUCCAUACCUUAACCCUCAACAAGAACCAAAUCACCGAUUUGGAGUGUCUGCUCGAUCAUCUAGCAGAAGUGACACCUGCUCUGGAGUACCUCAGCCUGCUGGGCAAUGUGGCGUGUCCCAAUGAGCUGGUCAGCUUGGAAAAUGAUGAAGAAGACUACAAGAGAUACAGAUGCUUUGUUCUGCACAAGCUGCCCAACUUGAAGUUUCUGGAUGCCCAGAAAGUAACCAGACAAGAACGAGAGGAGGCUUCGCUGAGAGGGGCCUUCAUGAAGGUGGUGAAGCCCGAGAGCUCUGCCCUGCUUGGAAAGCCUCUUCUGGGUCCAUGGAAACAUCAGGUUGUAGGGACCGAACCCUCAGGCAGUUGGGCGCCCUAGAAGGCCCGCAGGAUGAAUGGGUGAGCAGUCAGCCACACAGAUGCCAGGCCACCGGGGAAAAUCAUGAACAUUGUUCUGAAGCUAACUUCGAUUACAUGUUAAUGUUCUCUGCAACUAAUUCCACGGUUAAGGAAGAAGGAGAAAAUGGGGAUGGCAUGGUCUCAUUUUCUACUCUGGAGUUCUGGUUAUUUCCAAACUGUCUGCUACUAAUGGCGGACAAGAAGAGCGAACCUUGAGAGGAAGAUAGAGAAGAAAACUCGCACAAGCUUGGUGAUGAAAGGGAUGUUUCUGAUACGUGUCAUUUCCUUGCUCUUUUUCUUGUCCCCAAAAGCAAAGUUGUGGAUGAGAUAAAGUACUAAGAUAAUCUCAGGUUAUCCAAUUUAAACAGAGUUAAAAAGUCUUUGCAUAGUUUGAAAUAAAAAUCUGAUCUGUU